GCCAGGUAGUCGAGCGCUGCUUAUGGUGCCAGAGAUACGCACAUGCGAAUUUUGUCACAAAAAGUGUGGCUUCUUAGGGAGAGAACUACACAACUGAGCUCGGUGCCAUCUUGUCCAAUCACCAUGGAUCAAAAACGAGCAACCACACUACGCACCAAUCGAUACACAACCAGUAUACAAUUUCACAGCUUGUACGGUAUAAUCAACGCAUUUCUUGACCAUGAUAUAGUGCUAGAGACUGUACAGUUCGACAAGCGCUAAAAGGUGGUUCGGGACACAAAUUGCACCAUACGUCAAAUAGCAGCUAGCAAAAGAGAAAAAGAAAGAAAAAGCGGGCAGGUUUUUUUCCCUCUGUUUCGGUUCGAAAGUUGACAAAGUUGUCUUCUCUGAAGAGUUCGUCUCCACUGAGAAAUCUCGAGAAUCACUCUCAGUGUGCGUGCGUUCCAGUUCCAGGCUCAAAGAUAUUCAUCAAGUUUGUUCAACUAUGCAGCUCUUGGACGACUCUGUGUUUUAUAACCUGCUGGUGAAUAAUACCGAGUCCAUCAGCGAUUCCAAUGGUAGACGUUUGUGUGGUGGGUACAACAACACGCAAAGCUCAGAUGACGUGGAAGUGGAGCAACAAGAACAGGGGAAACAACAGCAAAAAGGGUACGAAUGUUCAUCGCAUGGCAAUCUGGACUCGCUGAUUAGUGACUCACUACAGUUCCCACAACACUUGGAUAGCACACAGAUACACCAGGAUGGGUUCCAGUACCCGCUUGUAUCCUUCUCAUUUCAACCGUUUCAGCCACCACAGGAACCACUCAAACCGACACAGGAGCUGCAAAACGAUAGUGAGGUUGCCUCAACGUAUCAACAGUCUGUAUUUUCCGAAUCGUUGAGUGGUGAACAUGGAUACAUCAACGAUAUGAACUCUUCGAUUUCAAGCUUACACACUGAACGCUCACCAGAUGAUUUCUUGUUGAAGGACUCGCUUCGACAGGUUAAAAUUGAAACUUCGAUAUCGCCCAAGAGCAUCGGCAGCAGCACCGUAGAAGAGGGCCUACCGCACAAGAGAUUCCACAAGUUCUACUCAACAACGAUGACACCUACACAACGCGUUAAGAAAGUGUCAAGCGUACCGACGUACCAUAGAUGUCCAUUUUGUCAGCGUCAAUUUAUGAACAAAUCCUACCUGUCACGUCAUUUGAAGAAACACGAUGCGGUUAAAGACUACAAGUGCCCCUUCUUUGCACCUGAACAUACAAAGUGCCAUCACCUAAAUGGUGAAUUUUCUAGAAAGGACACCUUUAAGGCACAUUUGAAAUCUAUACACUUCAUCUACCCUAUAGGUGUUUCCAAGAGUAACAGAAAUGAAAGUGGAGGGCGUUGUGCAGGUUGCUUCAAGGAGUUCUCAAGUAACAACGAAUGGAUUGCACAGCAUAUCGAGACUGAACAGUGUCCCGGAUUGGCAAAAUAUAAGGAUGAAAAGAAAUGACAAUCGGGAAUGAAUUGGCUAGUACUAUGUAUGUUAUAGUUACAUAUACAUAGGUAAAAAGGAAAAGGGAUUCUAAAAGGCUUAAAAACACC